CGUCAACGAACAACAACAGCAGCAAAGACAACCACAUCCACGUGUGUUGUGCGUCUCAUCAAUCCACCCCCUCCCAUCUCCUCCGCUUCUCCACGAGAUCAAGCGGCCAUGGCGAGGAGCGUGCUGCGGCUUGGCCGGCAGUGCGCUGGACGCAGCGGAACAGCUGCGAGAUUGCCUGCAUAUUCCACUGCGCCGCCGUCAGCAGCAACAUCCACAACGCCAGCAUCAGCAGCAGCACAUGUUGCGCCGCUGGCGACAUGGAUGAGACACGUGGCAACGCAGGCACGGGCAAAGGAAGGAAAGGGCAAAGGAAAGGCAGUGAAGGGAAGGGAGCGAGGAGCACGAGCAGCAGGAAGAACGCCACGGCCAACGGCGUCGCACAAGCAUGACCGACGAGGAAGAGAUCGGGAACACGCCCGUAGCAAGAACGCAGCGCCUGUCCACCACUUUCCGGCAUUGUACAAGAAGGUGGUCAAGGGCUUCAACCAGACCUUCCGUGGCAACACGCACCUUGACAUGACGCUCGGCGCAGGUAACCACGUGCGGCACGUGUUCAAGGCGGGCGCGCAGAACAUCAUAUCCGCAGACGGUGACGAUUCGGUCAUCGACACAGCCCAGUAUCUCAUCAACUCGAACCUGGUGCGGGUGCAAUCGAUAUGA